GUCCUUUUUCGGUUCCUCCAUCACAGUGUAUCGCUCUAUUUGUAGUACGCUUAUAAGUAUGCGUGCCGUACACACACACACACAGACAGACGUGACAAUAAACCGAUAAAACACGAAAGACGACCGAGCGAGAACCCACCGUCAUGCGACCGAGAGGAGUACAAGUUCGAGGUCAUUCGGCCAUUCGAACGGUGACGAACCGCGCGGGUGUGCUCCGUGUCUUCAACACACACACAAAAAAAACACAAGACAGACGACAUGGUAGAUGGUGUCCCGGCGUGCGCAUUCACGGUGGUCGGCAUUUAUAAGGCCGAGGGUUGCGCGUUUUGACCGUGACCGUGUACGCGAAUUUUGGGAUACUCGCUGUGUGUGGUGGUUUUUGCUAUCUCAAUGCCAUCCCCCGCCCCUUACCCGCCGUUGGUUGCCGGGGAAUUGAUUGAUUGCCGUACCAGUUAUCACCAGUGUGGAAGAAAGCCGUCCCGAGUGCAAGCGUUUAGUUCAGUGGUUGCGCCCUUUGGGGAAAGUGUAGUAUAUUUAUAGCAAAAAGGCAGUGCAUGUUCUCUAUGCUGUGUGUUAUUCUAAUAUUUCCCUCCCGGCACACAGGUGAUUGAUAGCUGCGUGCAGUGUAAUUCACAGUAAAGAAGAUUCAACAUUUACCCUUACCCGAAGUGCAAACGAUAUGAAAGUGAUGUAAAACAGAGCAAAAAGUUCCCCAAAAAUACAAAAAACAACCCGAAAAUCAAAAUGAAAGCCGACAAAACGUGAAAGAAAGUGAAAAAAAAACCAAAAGGAAAUAGAGAAGAAAGGAAAUAGAAGUUGGUAAAAGCGGCGGUGGUGCCACAACGGUUGAAAAGGAAAGGGGAAAAAACGGCAAAACGAAGGGGAAGGCAAGCCGACAGUGAAUUCUGUAGUGAAAGUGCAAAAGUACCAACCAAAGUGUUAAAAGUGCAACAAAAAAACAACAACAGGAAAAACCAAAAAAAAAAGGAAAACAGAAAACCAAAACCGCCGCUUGGGGGUCACCGCUAUAUUAGUUAGCCCAAAAUGGCCGAAGAGUUACCAAUACUGAAGGGCAUCCUGAAGGGAGUUGUCUCCUAUCACAAUGCACCCGUCAGGUUUGGACGUGUGCCGAAACGGGAAAAGGCCCGCAUACUGGCCGCGAUGCAGCAGAGCACACAGAACCGGGGCAACCAGCGGGCCCUUGCCAGCGAGCUGGACGAUCAGCCCCGUCUGCUGGCGAGCGUACUGCAAGCCCACAUCGAAACGUGCGAGUUUACGCGCGAAAAGGUCGCCGCCAUGCGUCAGCGGGCCCGCGACUGCCCGAGCUACUCGAUGCCUACUUUGGCAUGUCCCCUCAAUCCCGCACCGGAGCUCCAGUCGGAGCAGGAGUUUAGUCAGCGGUUUGCCCACGUGAUCCGCGGUGUGAUUGACUUUGCCGGCAUGAUACCCGGCUUCCAGCUGCUAACGCAGGACGACAAGUUCACGCUGCUGAAGGCGGGUCUGUUCGAUGCGCUGUUCGUGCGGCUCAUCUGCAUGUUCGACACCACGAUCAACUCGAUCAUCUGCCUGAACGGGCAGGUGAUGCGGCGCGACACGAUCCAGAACGGUGCGAACGCGCGCUUCCUCGUCGAUUCGACGUUUAACUUUGCCGAGCGCAUGAACUCGAUGCAUCUGACCGAUGCCGAGAUUGGGCUGUUCUGUGCGAUCGUGCUGAUCACGCCGGAUCGGCCCGGGCUGCGGAACGUGGAGCUGAUCGAGCGGAUGUACACGAAGCUGAAGGCGUGCCUGCAGACGGUCAUCACGCAGAACCGGCCGGACAAGCCGGAGUUUAUGCAGGAGCUGCUGCGUACGAUGCCGGACCUGCGGACGCUCAGCACGCUGCACACGGAGAAGCUGGUCGUGUUCCGCACGGAGCACAAGGAGCUGCUGCGGCAGCAGAUGUGGUCGGCGGAGGAGGAUCAGGGUGCGGUGCUGGAUGCGAAGAGCCCGGCCAGCUGGAGCUGUGACGGUAACCAGGUCGAGGUGGAGAUCGCCAAAAGCCCGAUGAGUUCCGUGUCCAGCACGGAAUCGACGGAAACGUCCUCCUCGUCGUCGUCGUCCUCGUCGUCGUCCGAGUACCAUCACCUUCAUCAUCACCAUCACCAUCACAACGGUGGCAUUUCGUCGGCGGCUUCGGCUGCUGCCCCGCUGCUGGCCGCCACCCUGUCCGGUGCCUGUCCGAUCAUACGGCACCGGGCCAGCUCGGGAUCUUCGGCGGAGGACGAUCUGAUCGGUGGUACCGCGCAGCAUCUCGCACAGAACGGGCUCACCAUCACGCCUGUCAUCCGGUCGGUGGGUUCGUCCUCCUCUACCGCAUCGUCCGCCUCGUCUGCCUCGAGUCAUCUGCACCAUCAUCAUCACCACCAUCACGUGUCGCGGUACCGCAAGCUGGACUCGCCGACCGAUUCGGGCAUCGAAUCGGGCAACGAAAAGCACGACAAUCCGUCACCGCAGCAGCAGCUGCAGCAGCAACAGCAGCAACAGCAGCAACAGCAGCAGCAGCAGCAGCACCAUCCGCACCAUCAUCUACUGCUCCAUCCGAAGCCGGCCAGCAGUAGCGUCAGCAGUGGUUCCUCGUCCUGUUCCAGCCCCCGAUCGUCGCUCGAAGAUCCAACGCUGGAGGACAACAACAGCAGCAGCAGCAGCAGCACCACCAACAACCAGGGCAAAGCGCACCACCACCAGCAGUCGCUGGCGCGUCACGCGAGCGUCGAGAAUAUGCCGGUGUUGAAGCGUGUGCUGCAGGCACCGCCACUGUACGACACCAACAGCCUGAUGGAUGAGGCGUACAAGCCGCACAAAAAGUUCCGCGCUAUGCGUCACCGCGAGAGUGAGGCGGAAGCGGCAUCCUCUUCGACGACAUCCGCCACCUCCUCCUCCCCGACAUCCUCCAGUUCGCCCAUAGUGGCAACGGUGCUGGCGUCCUCUUCCUCGCCGAGACCGGCCGCGAUGCAGCCGCAGCAGCAGCAGCAAUCGUCCGUGGUGACGGCGGCAGCUCCAUCACCACCGCAGCACCAUCAGUCGCAGCUGCACAUGCAUUUAACGCGACCACAGACACAGUCCCACCAAAGUAGCGGCGGCAGUACCGCGGCCCUCGGCUUCCUGCAGUCGUCGUCGUCCUCCUCUGCCCGGUCGAGUCCUCAGCCACCGAUCGUCGCACAGCAGCCACAUCACCACACCUACUCAUCCCUCUCGAGCACGCACUCCGUGCUGGCCAAGUCGCUGAUGGAGGAGCCGCGCAUGACGCCGGAGCAGAUGAAGCGCACGGACAUCAUCCACAACUACAUCAUGCGCGAGUCCGCCCAGGAGCAGCAGCAGAACUACAUCAAGCAGCAGCAGCAGGGUGGUUUGCUGGUGUGUGGACCCACCGCCAGCGGGGUGUUCCAGCGUGCCUCGCCCCAUCUGACCGUGUCCGCCGUGUCGCCGGCACCGUCCUCCUCCUCCAGCACCUCGUCAUCGAGCAACAGCCCGGCGGCCCCGAAUGGGUGUCCGUUCGGAGGUUCGUCCUCCACGUCUGCGACGUCCGGCCGAUGGCAGCAGGUCAUUCACGGUGGCGGUGCGGCGGCAAGCGUCAUUACCACGACCGGGCACCGCGCCCAGCAGACACCCUCCCCCGGCAGCCUAACACCUCCGGACACGUCCUCCUCGUCGUCCUCCUCCUCGUCCCUCUCGGUCGUGUCGUCACCACCGUCCGCGGCCUCACCGUCCUCCUCCUCGUCGACCAGCAUCCGCUACUUCCAGUCGCCACACUCCACGAUGACCUCGCCGGCACCACCGGCGUCCCCGUCGUCGGUGGUCGUUGCGCCACCGCUCACACCAUCCCCGCGGCUGAUCGAGCUGAAGGUCGACAUUGGCAGCAGUGGGGCCGGCAGCAGUAGUAGUACCAUCGUCACCUCCCUCGAUCCGUGCCAGCAACCGUUGAACCUGUCGAAGAAAUCACCCUCACCGGCACCGGUCGGCGUCGUGUCGGUCGUCCAACGGCCCCUGGCCCCCACCGCAUCCUCGUCCUCCUCCACGUCACCGUCGCCCAUCUCACCGGUGGCAGCAGCUGCAACCACGGUCGUAGUGGCCACCAGCAGCAGCAGCAGUAGCCCUAACAGCAGUAGUGCCACUGCAAGCAAUCCCACCAUUCACAAGAUCCUACUCGAGGCGUAAGGACACCACAAACAAAACCCAACACCGCGAUAACAACCAACAAGAGGCAAACCAGAUGCAAAAGCGAAAAGGGGCGAACGGAGACGAAACUGACAUCUACACACAUCCUGUACAAAUUUUUAAUUGCGUUAAGACAAAGAUAAGAAGCCUAACAGUGCACGAAAAGGGAAAAUGCAAACGCGCCCACACCCCAUCACAAAACAAAACAAAACAAAAAAAACUACAUCAUAUAAGUACCGCGGUCUCAGCAACACAGUCAGCAAAAUGGUGGUUUGUAUUAUAGUAUUUUAGUGUCCUCUCAACCAAACGGUCGGUGACGAGGGUGUGUGUGUCCACACGAAGCGAAGAAUACAAUUGUGAAGCCAAAAACAGCACACUAAAGUGACAAACUGCUGGCACUAGGAUGGGGGGGUGGGGGGUGGGGGAUGGGUGUAUUGUGGUGGAGGAGGCACAUUGUGGCCUCUUGAUAGAUCUCGAUAUUUUUUCUUCUUCUUUAUUAAAGAAAGCUUUCCACCGGCCGAUCGAUAAACCCGAUCGUAGGAAUUCAGACAAGAGAAUCAGGCAGGCUGUGUGUGUGUGUGUGCGCGAAUGGACAGAAGUAACUCAAUGCCGCCCGUAGACUCUCGAGGGGUAGGGGGGGGAGGGGGGGCAUGGGACGAACCGCAUCUCUUCACCGGGUGAUCCUCAAGAUCAAGAUCGGUCAAGAUCGGUGCAAAAAGAAAUCCUAGUGUGAUUACAAAUGUGUGUUUGUGCGUGUUUUGGGGUGUGAUGAAGGUUUGUAGCAGUAUAGAAAUAGUUCAUAGGUGGGAAAAAAGAAAUUAGAAUUAAGAAGAACCUGCCCCCCCCCCCCCGCCCCCCCUCUCCAUCACUCCAGAAACCUCACACGAGCAGCUCUAUUUGUAUGUGGGUAAGAGCGCGCUAGCAGCACGCGCCUGUGUGUGCGUGAAUAGAAUCAACACAGAAAACAGAAGAAAAAAACACACAGCAGAGACAAAUUGAUUUAAAAAACAAAAAGAAACCGCCAAACUAUAAAGCUGAGAAGCGAUUAAAACAACCACACCCGAAGGCGGAAGAUUGAACAAUUUAAAGAAGACAUCAGAAAUACACAAACUCCCGCACUCACUUACUCACACGCAACUCACUCUCAUUGAUAAGAACGUGUACAGUAGCCCUCCCCUCGUCGUAGCGUGGCACAAGAGCAACAUGCGUAUAUGUAUAAGAAAGUAGAAAUACACUAAAAACACACACACGCAUUACCAAUUAUCCCUGGAAGGUGUUCUGAAACAAACACACAUGCAAGACACUCACAAAACAAAAGGCAAACAUUAUAAUAAGCACACCCGCCAGAAGAAUGAAGAGAAUAGGAGCAGAAAGGGGAAAGGAGGGGAGAGUCACAGAAAACUAUUUAGAACAGUGGAUCAGAGUAAUAGUCAUUUAUGUCCUUUGUCCAAAGCAAUGGAGUAGCGGUUUUUUAAAACGAAAAGAAACGAUGAUUUAAAAGCGCAGCACAGAUGAGAAAGCAACAAAACAAAAUAGAGAAGGAGUGAAAAAAAAACAAAGUCUAACGAAGAUGCAACACUGGAAUCAGUAUCAGGUAAAACGAAAAAAGGCAGCAAUUGAGGUAAUAGAAUACAAAGCAAACAAAAAAGAAAAAAAGAAAAGAAUAGAAAACGCAAAUUAAAUAUACUAAGCAAACAAAUGUUAACUGCAAUCACCCUAACUCUGGAAAGGCACAUACAAACUGAACAUACAACAACAAAAAAAAAGAAAGGGAAAUGGAGAUACGGUAUUUGUAAAUAGC